AUGAACGCCGCCGCCGCUCUUCGGGCUCGUAUGGCCACCUCCUUCAUCGCCCGCCGUGGCUUUUCCACCACCCGUGCCCAGCUCGGUAGCCCUUACCACUACGCCGAGGGUCCUCGCUCCAACAUCCCCUUCAACCCUCACACCAAGUAUUUCUUCUUCAGAUACUGGGCUUUCAUGAUCACCGGAUUCGGUGCUCCCUUCGGCAUUGCCGUCUGGCAGACCUACAAGACCCGGUAA